CAGUGAACCCCGCACGCCCAGCACGGACGACAGCCACGCGUGCGGGAACUGGGGACUGCUGGACCAGAUGGCGGCUCUACGCUGGGUGCAGGAGAACAUCGCAGCCUUCGGGGGAGACCCAGGAAAUGUGACCCUGUUCGGCCAGUCGGCGGGGGCCAUGAGCAUCUCAGGACUGAUGAUGUCACCCCUGGCCUCGGGUCUCUUCCAUCGGGCCAUUUCUGAGAGUGGCACUACAUUACUCAGACUUUUCAUAACUCGUAACCCACUGAAAGUGGCCAAGAAGGUUGCCCACCUGGCUGGAUGCAACCACAACAGCACAUAGAUCCUGGUAAACUGCCUGAGGGCACUUUCAGGGGCCAAGGUGAUGCGUUUGUCCAACAAGAUGAGAUUCCUCCAACUGAACUUCCAGAGAGACCCUGAAGAGAUUAUCUGGUCCAUGAGCCCUGUGGUGGAUGGUGUGGUGAUCCCAGAUGACUCUCUGGUGCUUCUGACCCAGGGGCAGGUUUCAUCCGUGCCCUACCUUCUCCUGGAGUUCAAUUGGCUCUUGCCUUACAUCGUGAAGUUCCCGCUAAACCGGCAAGCGAUGAGAAAGGAAAUCAUCACUAAGAUGCUCUGGAGUACCCACACCCUGUUGAAUAUCACCAAGGAGCAGGUACCACUUGUGGUGGAGGAGUACCUGGACAAUGUCAAUGAGCAUAACUGGAAGAUGCUAUGAAACCGUAUAAUGAAUAUAGUUCAAGAUGCCACUUUCGUGUACACCACGCUGCAGACUGUUCACUACCACUGAGUUUCCCUCUUCACAAAUGCCAGACUCCCUGUCUACCUGUAUGAAUUUGAGCACCACGCUCGUGGAAUAAUUGUCAAACCCCGCACUGAUUGGGCAGACCAUGGGGAUGAGAUGUACUUACUCUUCGGGGGCCCCUUCGCCACAGGCCUUUCCACAGUUAAGGAGAAGGCACUUAGCCUCUGGAUGAUGAAAUACUGGGCCAACUUUGCCUCCACAGGAAACCCCAAUGAUGGGAAUCUGCCCUGCUGGCCACGUUACAAGGAUGAAAAGUACCUGCAGCUGGAUUUUACCAUAAGCGUGGGCAUGAAGCUCAAGAGGAAGAAGAUGGCUUUUUGCAUGAGUCUGUACCAGUCUCAGAGACCUGAGAAGCAGAGGCAAUUCUAAGGGUGGCUAUGCAGGAAGAAGCCAAAGAGGGGUUUGCCCCACCACCCAGGCCCUGGGGAGACUGGCCAUGGACAUACCUGGGGACAAGAGUUCUACCCACCCCAAUUUAGAACUGCAGGAGCUCCCUGCUGCCUCCAGGCCAGAGCUAGAGCUUUUGCCUGUUGUGUGGGACCUGCACCACCCUCUCCAGCCUGACAUCCCAUGAUGCCCCCUACCUCAAUGUUGACAUCCAGUUAGGCCAGGCCCUGUCAACACCAUACUGUGCCCAGCUCUCCAGCCUCAGGACAACCUCUCUUUUUCCCUUCUUCAAAUCCUCCCACCCUUCAGUGUCUCCUUGUGGCUCCUUCUUAUGGGAGUUCGACCCAGACUGCCACUGCCCCGUCACUGCACCCAGCUUGGCAUUUACCAUUCAUCCUGCUCAACCUUGUGCCCGUCUGUUCACAUUGGCUUGGAGGCCUAGGGCAGGUUGUGACAUGGAGCAAACUUUUGGUAGUUUGGGAUCUUCUCUUCCACCCGCACUUAUCUCCCCCAGGGCCACUCCAAAGUCUAUCCACAGGGAUGUUCUCAAUAAAGAAGUGUUGAUU